AUGGUGAAAAGGCUAUCCUCAAACUCAAAGCCUAAGAUUGAUCAUUUUGCCAAUGGUGUUCCCGAAUGCCUGGCUUCUUUAACGCCAACCCAGCUUGAAGCAGCUCUCUGUGAGGACUGUGACCUGAAGCAGCGCAUGUCUUCGCUUGGGACUAUGAUCGUGUGGCCCGGUGAUGAGGGAUCAAUUGAUGAAUACUCUUGCAAGGCCAACUUCCAAGCUCUACGUCUUGUUGAUAUGUUCGCUGGAAAUUUGGAGGAGCAAGUCGAUGAGCCUGCUGGGCCUCUACCUCCACCCAAUGAACCGCCAGCUGUGCCUCCAGCGGUGGAGUCCUCGGGUCCUGCUGAACCUUCCUUGCAGCCUGCUGGUCCACCAGCUGUGGAGUCCUCGCUUGCUGAACCUUCAGCUGAACCUCAACCUCGGGUGAUGGAUUCCUAUGAGCGAGCAACGAGCCAAGAUGGCAUCAAAGCUUUGGAGGAUGAGAUAGCUGCCAAUCCUCUUGGCGAUGAGGUAUAUCCUGCCUCUUGCGAACCAGAGUACGCCAACACCAGCCUUCCUUUCCUGGAGUACACCCGGGUACCUCAGAUCAUGUAUGAUGAAAUUGUGGCUGACAGCCAACUACCUCCCGAGCUAUCACCUGAAGCACGCCAGUGGCGUGAAGAAAGAGAUCGUGAAGCUGCGGCUGAACUGGCUGAGGCAGCCCAGAAAAAUGGGGUGGCAACCCCAAUCAUGGUCUCUGAUUCCGAAUCUGCUGCACCCACUCCUCGCAACCUCAUGCAGGAUCUUCAGAAUGCUGACGUUUCUGUUGGGGAGCCUGCGCCAACAGAGGUGUGUGAGGGUGGAACCCUGGCGGAUAAACUUGGCCUUCACCCCAAUGAGCCUACAAAGGUGAAGCAGGACAGUGCAGACGCACCUGGGAGCUGUCUUGAUAUGCCGGAAGAUCCCUUGGAAAAGCUGACGGAGGAAGAUUCUAUUUCCCGUGCAGCACAGCGGGAGCUCCGGGCAAGCCAGGGCGGGAAGAAGGGCCGAGGGAGAGGGUUGAUUGGCAGCUUUCAGUCCUACCGGUUGGAGCCCUAUUGGCUGAAAGGCUCAUGUGGAUUGAGGCCCGCUGGCUAUCGGAACACCCAGAUCAAGACCGAUCUUCGCCUGAGUUGGCUGACGCAGUCGAUCUUUUGCUCAACGAGCAGCGAUGUGGUCAUUUGCCUUUUGCUUUUGAUCUGGACCGCCAACAUUGAUGUGUCGAGAGUCUGGCGCUUUGCUGAGUUCUUUGCGGGGGAAGCGCAAGUCUCUCAGGAAAUUCGGGUGGCUGGAGCAGCAUCGUCGCCGGCGUUGGUGAAAGCGUUGGUCAACGAGGACCUGUGGGCCGCUGCCAAAAUGGAUGAGGUGAAGAACGAGACUGAUGAACACGUGGAACUUGACCUUCAUCUUAGCCCAGAAACCGGUGCACUUGUCCAUGGGCUGGGUGAUUCACCAGAAAGUUUGAUGCUAAAAUCAGAGAUCCUUCGAGCGGCCAAUCAACUGAAGAGAGGCUAUUCCAGUGGUUCAGCUGGUGGUGACAUCAUUGGUGGCCAUCCUGCUGAACUUGUGCCCCCACAGGACACCCAUCCUGCUGAACUUGUGCCCCCACAGGACACUGGUGAGCCCACUCCUGAUCACCCAAAGGAGCCGCCUGCCACAGCUCCAGUUCCACCACCUGAGCCCGAAGUGGCAAUGGAUUUGGAACUGGAAAUGAGGAACCGCUUGGAGUGCCAUAUGAAACAAUUGGAGGAUAAGUUUCAACAAGAUUUCAUGGCAAAGAAACGAAAGGCAGAACAGGACUUGGAAGAUGAACUUGAACUGAAACGGAUUGCACGCAUGAGGGACUUAGAGGAAAGUAUCCGUGAAGCAAAGCUUAUGCAGGAAACCAAACUAGCAGACUUGAGUAUGCAGCUAUCUGAGAGAAUGCAACUUGUUGCUGACGAGCAAUCUUUGCUCGAUGACUUGAGGGAGAAGUCUGCUGAAAUGCAGCGGAAACUGGACGAAGAGGCUAAGAGGGCCAAUCUACCCCCGAGCACCCCAGCACCCCCGAGCACCCCAGCACCUGCAUUGUCCGCAACUGCAUUGUCCAAUCAUUUGAAGGAGCUAGCAAAGCAAAAGCUAGAGCAAACUGCUCAAAAGCAACGAGCCCUUGCGACCUCUGCCAACACUUUGGCGUCUCCGACCCAACCAGCUCCAGUGACUGCCAAAACUACUACACCUGGAACCAGUGUGGCAACCCCUCCUGUGACUGAACCUGGGAGCCAGGUCGUGAUUCCAUCAACUGACAUGCGAUUCACAUCGUCCACUCAUCCUGCUGCUUGGCAGUUCCUAUACCGCCUCUGCAAGAAAGAGGAAACGUGCGGCAAAGAUCUGUAUGACAUGUGGCAUGCAGGUGGAUCGAAACGUGACAAACUUCUUCGUGAUUUUGUUUGCCGCUGUUACAGCCCCACAGAGGACUUUGCCAAUAACAAGGCCAAGCUCCAGGCGCUCGUCACUUUGCGGAAUUCUGCCAAAGCCUGGCGGAAGAAUCUCCAGGGGUAUUCAUGGCUUACGGAAGCAGAGAUGAGGGCGUUGGGCUGGCCAGAGAGCAAAGUGGAAGGUGCGGUUCGAUACUGCACCCGGCGCAAACUUACAAAGAAGUGCAUCUAUGAUGACAAGUCCGUGAAGUACUUGGUUCAGGUUCGAGAUGAUGUAGAGGCUGGGGAUGAGAAACUCAAGGAGUUGGAGCAAGAGAUGAAAGACUGGGGUAUCUUUGAUACGGACUUCUCAUUGGGUGAUGCACUCGAUGAGGAAGAAGAGAAGAAAGACGAUCCCAAACCUAAAACCAAGAUGGUAGAAUUCCCAGUUGUAGAGGGGGAUGAGACAGUGGUUGAGUACGUUGGUCAAUACAAAAAGGCAUGUUUGAGCCGCAAAGCGCUCUUGAAGAGCACCCGGGAACGCUUGGAGAAGGACAAGGCCCAAGGAUAUGAGAUUCUCAGCUGCCACCGAUUAUAUAUACAUGCGGUAUUUCUGUCACGCUUUCGUGGGUUCAAUCAACUGGUUGCUUUUAGUCUUAUAUAUACCUUGAGAUCAUCCUUGUGCAACCUACAAGGAAAGACUUUCAGCUUUUGGACGACGUGGGAAGACUCUUGA